UUAAUUAUCGCUCUUCUAUAGCGGCAAAAGGCGUACAUAUUGAAAGAAUGAAUCACAUUAAUCACAUGACUGCUCGUAUCUGUCAACGUAAUAUCAUUAGUAGCCUACAUAGCCUAAUAGAGUAGAUGGCAUAACAUAACCUUUUGGGGAAAUUUGAUAGGUUAGGACUGAUGCCUUCUUUAUCUCAAACAUCUUUGACUUUGAUAAACAGGCUGAUUUUCGUUAGUGUAUCGUCAAAAAAGGAAAACGUGACGUGACAGCUCGUCGUAUAGCAACGUUCUUUUGAUUCUUCAUCUCAAUGUUCCAUUUUUAGGAUUUACAAGUGUAUGAUACAUUUGACUCAUCGAUGACACCACGACUACAUUCUUUAAUUAACAAGUCAUUAGGGGUCUGAUGUUAGAGACUUUUCCCUUUCAUCUGCGAAAUACCUUCUGAGAAGAGGAAGGACGCAAGUCACACUUAAAGCCAACUGUUUAUGUUUGAUAACAAUCUGUCAGGAUGGAACCUGGGACGAGCAGCUCGACGGAUGAUUAUGUGGAAAUAAUACGGAAAUUGCCUCUUUAUUUGAGAUUAGCCUAUGGCACAGGUCAUGUAUUAAAUGACAUCUGCGCUUCCAUGUGGUUUACUUAUUUACUGGUCUUCUUUCACCUGGUGCUUGGAUUUGAUCCGACCUUGGCUGGCGUUGUACUUCUCAUCGGCCAAAUAGCAGAUGCCUUGGUCACUCCGUUUGUUGGUUUUCAAUCUGACAUAAAUGACAACUUUUGGUUGUGCAGAUAUGGCAGAAGAAAAACCUGGCAUUUGUUAGGCACUAUUUGUGUACUAUUGGGAUUUCCUUUCAUAUUCUCGCAAUGUCUAGGCUGUGAAAAUGCACAUCAAUACGCACAGCUAGUUUAUUAUGCUGCUUUUGUAGUGAUUUUUCAAUUUGGUUGGGCAGCGACUGAACACGAGAGAACUGAACUUAUAGCUGUAAGGUUCACGUUUACUGUCUUCUCUAAUGUUCUUGUUUACUGUAUUAUGUGGGGUGUACUACAUGUAACGAGUGAUGAAUAUGAUGUUCAGAUCGGACCUAGUGAUAUUCACAAAUUUCAAAAAGUUGUUUUAAUUGGAUUAGUAACUGGAUUAGUUACAUCCAUUAUAUUUCAUGUUGUUGUUAAAGAAAGUGCUAAUGGCACUGCUAAUGGUAGCUUUAUGCAUAGGAACGCUAGAACAGCAUCAGUAUUAUUGAGAGAUGUUAGAAUGUAUCAAGUAGCGAGCGUCUAUAUGCUUACACGCCUAUUCAUUAAUUUAUGCCAAAUUUAUAUACCUCUGUACUUACAUGAAUCAUUGAAUAUGCCUGCGACAUCUUUGGCUUAUAUACCAUUGACAAUGUAUCUAAGUAGUUUUUUAAUGUCUUUAAUCAUAGAGAGGCUCAAUACAAAAUGGGGUCGAAAAGUCGCGUAUUCUAUCGGUGCUUUACUUGCGAUAUGUGCCUGUAUUUGGAUACAAUUUGGUAAUGGUGAUAUAUAUGUUAAAUAUCAAAUCUAUGUUGUAGCAGUACUACUAGGUUCUGCUGGUGCAAUAAUGUUAGUGACUAGUCUUGGUGUUACUUCCGAUCUAAUAGGAAAAAAUACUGAGAGCGGUGCCUUCGCCUACGGAAUUAUGAGUUUUACAGAUAAGCUUAGUAACGGUCUGGUGGUUAUGUUGAUUCAGUAUUUAGUAAAACAUUGUUCAUCUGAUUAUGUUAGUUAUUACUACAGAGACAUUCUUACAUAUGCCUGUGGAGUAUCCGCGAUAUUUGCUUUACUGAUGAUUUUAUACAUCAAACCAUUCUCACGUACUACGGUUUUUGAUACGUUACGCAACGAUGAUGAUGAAGGUUUUAUAGAAACUCCAAAUGCAGUUGAUGGAAAUUCUUCUUCAAAUCAAUCUCAAGCCAAUAUACAUUGAUGAUAUAAGUAGUACUUAAUUUAGUUUGUAAAUUACUUAGCUCUAAAAAAAAAUGGAAUGUAAAGACAUUGAUAAUAUUAAAAGAGGAAGAAUAAUACUUGCUAUUGUAGGCUGCAAAGCACAGCGCUGUUUAUGUUACACUAUUCUUGUUUCACGUCCAAUCAAUGGACGAUGACGAUAGAAUAACACAAAUAGCGCUGAUAACGUUUCUUCGAACAUUAUGUGAUAUAUAGUAAGCAAACUACUAUCUUUUUUACUUGAAACUGUUAAUAUUAUAAUUUUAUAUAUUUUAAUAAUAUUGAAUUUUAUUUUAUG